AUGUUCUUUCCUCCUUCUUCAUCGUUAUCCUCGACAAGCCAAUCAUCAGAGAGCCCGAACUUUAUGACGAGCAUGGUUGAACGAGAGUGGUUUGAUCUCUGUUCUCAGAUUGGUAUUCGGGAAUUUUCAACCAUUUCUAAAUGGUGGAAGCACAUUCGGGAGGAAUAUGAUCAGCCUAACUCUCGCUUCUAUCAUACGACCACACAUUUAUUUCAUUUACUUUCACAAUGUAGAGAUUUCUUUGAAAAGGAUGCCCGAUUUGGUGGUUCCAAACAAUUGUCCAUGACGGAUUUCAUCAUCAUUCGGCUUGCUAUUUUCUUUCAUGAUAUUAUUUAUGAUGCCAAACGAAAAGAUAAUGAAGAGGCAAGCGCUCGUGUAUUUAUGAAAUUCGUGAAUGAAACGAGACCAGAAAUGUUGAGAAAUGAAGAUGUGCAAAGAAUUGUCAUGUUUAUUGAAUGUACAGCUAACCAUUUAUCUCACAAAGACAAGAAGGAUCAAUUAUUGUUUACAUUUUUGGAUUUUGAUUUAGCUGUGUUGGCCAUGAAUACGCCAAAGCAGGAAAUUCACUUUUUCAAAGAUAUUCUUGUGGAAUGGAAAAAUAAGGAAGAAUUUUUAGACAGUAGUUUUAUGAAACACUAUGUUGAAAAUGUGAGAAAGGAAUAUGGCCAUUUGAGUGAUCAGGAAUUCGCAAAAGGAAGAAGUGCAUUCCUUCGUAAAAUGCUGGACAAUCCUGACCAACUAUUUUACACAACAGAAGCAAAAGAAAAAUUAGAAAAACAAGCUCUCAUGAACCUCAAAAUGGAGCUCUCUCUGUAUGAACAAGAACCGACAAUCGACACCUCCACUAACUCUGAAUAA